GUAUAUGUAUAUAUAUCUUGGUCUUUGGUUUGGUCUUCUAUUUUCCUCUUCUACUACCUACUUGCUUGAUGAUGAAUGGAAGGAACAGGUUCCCCUUUACCCCAUCACAGUGGCAAGAGCUGGAGCACCAAGCUCUUAUCUACAAGUACAUGGCUUCAGGUAUUACCAUUCCACCUGAUCUUCUCUUCACCAUAAAAAGGAGCUACUUUGAUUCCCCUCUGUCCUCAAGGCUUUUGCCUAGCCAGCCACAGCACUUUGGAUGGAACUACCUGCAGAUGGGUUUGGGGAGAAAAAUAGACCCUGAGCCAGGUAGGUGUAGAAGAACUGAUGGCAAGAAAUGGAGGUGCUCAAAGGAGGCAUAUCCUGAUUCUAAGUACUGUGAGAGGCACAUGCACAGAGGGAAAAAUCGUUCAAGAAAGCCUGUGGAAGUUUUGAAAACAACAGCAUCAACAACAACAUCAAACACAAAUGCUGCAUCAACACAUGCAAUCUCAUCAAUCACCAAAAACAGUAACACCCUUUCACCUCUUGCAUCAUCUGAAACACACCAACACUCUUGCUAUGGCUCCUUUCUCUACCACCACCCUCCAUCAAGGUCCUCUGGCAUUGGCUUGUCAUUUGAAGACAACAACAGUACUCCCUUGUUCCUUGACACUGGCUCUUGCUCUCAGUCCAACACAGACUGCAGGAGCAGGUAUGUUUAUGGAGAGAAAGAAGAGGUGGAUGAGCAUGCUUUCUUCACUGAGCCAUGUGGUGUUAUGAAAAGCUUCUCUGCUUCCUCUAUGGAUGAGCCUUGGCAACUAGCACCGUUGACUAUGAGUUCCUCAUCUUCUUCUUCCAAACAGAGGAGUUCCUUUGGCUUGUCCAAUGAUUACUCGUGCUUGCAACUUCAGAGCCACUCAAAGCAACAAGAGCAACAAGAUCAGGGUAAUUGCUACAUGCUAAGUGGUCAACGCGGGAAAGAAGAACCUCAGAAAACCGUUCAUCGCUUCUUUGAUGAAUGGCCCCACAAAGGAAGAGAAGCCUCUUGGCUUGAUUUGGAUGAUAAAUCUUCCACAACCCAACUUUCAAUCUCCAUUCCCACUUCUCAUGAUUUUCCAACCUUCAGCUCAAGAACUCACCAUGAUGGUUGAGCCUAGAUUUGAAUAAUGGGUCCUUGUAUUGUACGGAAUCAGAGGCCAAAAAUGUAGCUAUAAGGUGGGGUUAAGAUGCUUUGGGGUCUUCUUUGAACCACACCCUCUUCUUUUUCUUCUGCCAUAAAGGCACUUGAAAGGGAUUUGUGUCUCCCAUGGAGAGAUCUAAUGUGUAAUCCUAUUCCUGUAUGCUAAUGCUAAUGCUGCUUUCUUAGUGUCACAAAGCCUAAGAUUUUUCAGUGCUUGAACUAACACUCAGUUGCACAUGUUUGUAUUUUUGGUUCAUCAUUUUGUGCUUCAUAGCAACUGUGUGAUGAAAUUGUUGCUCCAUGACCCACAAGAUUUGAUUGUUUGUCCCUUGUGAAUUGCCUAGAACCCUCUUUGUAAUCACUGGCCAUUAAAGUUAAAACCAAAGAAAGCUUAUUGAUUUC